CCCUUGCUUAAACCGCGUCUGCAUCUCGCGCGCUCACCUGCAUUGGUAGGCUCCGUGUGAUGAAACGCACCUUCCUAACAGGCAUCUCGAGCCGUGCUCCUCGUGCGACCUAAACGCCAGGUGAUAUGGAUUAACUGACUUCUCACUGUCUGAGGAAGGUGCAGCUUUUUUGCGGCGCUUUUCGAAGUUGUUCCACAUCCAGGACGGUCGCGGCGGCUCGCCCUGCGCUCAGGAGGGGAUUAGAGAGGAGAUUCCCGCUACACGGAGAUGAAGACACUGGGUCCUCCUCAGCAGAACGAUGGAUGGAGAGAAAGCAGAGCGGGACUGUAACUGGCGCCUUCAUGGAGCCCUGAUACACAGGGCAGAGAGCAGGUAAAUGGAGGCGCAGGACAGGAGCCGCUCCCCUUCCCGUAGAACCAGCCGGGUGGAGCAGGUGGUGGGACGAUGGCUGAGACGCUCCCGAGACCUAGGCAGCAGGUCUCACUCUCUGAGCAGAGAACGGAUUGCAGUGGAUGGGAAGUCAGCAGAGAGCAGUGGCUCUGAUCAGAGGAAUUACCCAUUCCGCUUCACCGUUCAGAUCCAACGGGACCCCAAUCUCAACUCUCAUGGCCUCACUCUGUCCACGCAGACCCCCAUCCUGGUGCAGGACGUCACCCCAGGUGGUCCUGCAGAUGGUCGGCUCGUCCCUGGCGACCAGCUUGUGAAGAUCAAUAACAUCGCUGUCGAUGACCUGACCCCGGAGCAAGCUGCUGAGAUAAUCAGGGAGUGUCAAGAUAUGUUGACAAUGACUGUCCUCAGAACAAUGCUGGGCCCAAAGUCAUCAUUCAUCACACCCGAGAAGAGGGCUAAACUCAGGUCCAACCCUGUGAAAGUUCACUUUGCUGAGGAGGUGGAAGUCAAUGGACACUCUCAGGGCAACUCGCUGCUCUUCCUGCCUAAUGUUCUGAAGGUGUAUCUGGAGAACGGGCAGACUAAGGCCUUUAAAUUUGACUCCAGCACCACAGUCAAGGACAUUGUGAUGACACUGAAGGAAAAGCUUUCUCUGAGCCGUAUUGAACACUUCUCCCUGGUGCUGGAGAAGCAGCACAGCAUUUCCGUACUACUGCUGCUACAUGAGGAGGAGCGGAUACAGCAGGUGGUCCAGAAGAGAGAGGCCCAUGUCUACAGAUGUCUGUUCCGUGUUUGUUUCAUGCCCAAACCCCUCCAGACGCUGCUCCAGCAGGAUCCCAAUGCCUUUGAGUACCUCUACCUGCAGGGGGUGAAUGAUGUGCUGCAGGAGCGCUUUGCAAUCGAAAUGAGGUGUAACACCGCCCUGCGACUUGCUGCACUGCACAUCCAGGAGAGAUUGGUGAGCUGUGGACAGUCACCAAAGACCAACUUGAAGAUGAUCACGAAGACGUGGGGCAUAGAGAACUUUGUGUCAUCCACCUUGUUGAGGAACAUGCGAGAGAAAGAUCUGAGGAAGGCCAUCACUUACCACAUGAAGAAGAGCCAAUCCCAGAACGAUCCAAAGCAGAAGGGUUUGUCAGUUGAUCAGACACGGUUAAACUACCUGGAGGAGCUGAGUGAACUCAAGUCAUUUGGAGGGAAAUCCUUCAGUGCCACCAUGAUGCUUCAGGACAGGGAGUCAAUGGUGACCCUGUUGGUGGGGGCGCGGUACGGGGUGAGUCAGGUGGUCAACCACAAACUGGGCAUCCUGUCCCCCCUCACAGAGUUCACCAGCAUCACGCGCAUCGAGCUGCUGCCUGAAUCCGACAAGGUCAGCCUGGUGAAAAUCUACCUGCAGGACAUCAAGCCCAUCACGUUGCUAUUGGAGUCAGCCGCUGCCAAAGAUAUGUCCUGCCUAAUAGCAGGGUACUGUCGAGUGUUUGUUGACCCCAGCCUCAACGUCUUUCCCUGGAUACACGAUUCCAAGAAGCACAGAGUGUCGGCUGAGGAGGGUUACGUGUCACGGCGUGGCAGCGACUCAGACACCUCCUCCGACUUGGAAGCGCUGGUCACCCAGGUGUCUCAUGACGAGAGGCCAUGUCCUCGCGUCAGGUCCUCGUCAGACCCAGAUGGAAGAAAAAAAAAAGACAGGAAUCGAAGGAGAAGCAAAGAUGGCAGAGAAAAGGGAGAUAAACCGUGGGAAGAUAAAAAGCAGAAGGAAGAAAAGGAUGCCGACAACGCAAAGGAGAAGUCUCCCCUAGAUAAAAACAGAGAGAAUAAGAAAGAAGAUCCAGAGCACGAGGAGGAGACGGAGAGAGCGCAUGAUUGUCAACCAACACAGGCUCAAGUAACGGACAACAAUCCUGGGGAACAGAGGGAAAACCUGGGACGAGAAGGUGAAAAAGAGGUGCGCGCAGCAGAGGAGCAGCCAUCUGUGUCACUGUCAGAAGCAUCAGAUUCUUGGAAUACUGACUCUCGUGUCGUCACCAGCCCCUCCAGCGACUCCCUCGAUGCUUUGGAGGAAGAUGACUUGAUUUCAUGUUCUUCUUCCUCCUUCCACCCCAAGGCUCCCUCACACACUCAUGCCCACGGCCACCCUCCCCUACAGAUUCAUCCACACUACUCUCACAGGCACGUUCAGUCCCAGUUCCUCGCCCCUCCACCAGCCCACACCCAUCCCCUCAUACACCUCACAACUCACGACAGCGGUAGCGGCGGCUGCAGGAGGUCAGGCGAUGGCGCCGACCCCCAACUCUUCGUACCUGACCCCUCCUCUCCAAGCCUUCGCCAUGUCCAAAAGGGCUCAGGAAACCCCUGCUCCGAUGACAGCUCCCUGUGUUUCGCUGAGCUCUCCCGCCUCGUGGACUUCCUGCCGAGCCCUCCAGAGGCCAGCGAGGAUGAUGAAGAAGAGGAGUUGAGGAGGCGGAGGUGGAGGAGGAGGAAGAUGUUGAAAGAGACGGGCGAGUCGCUGAGCAGAGCAGAUGAAAGAGGAAGCUCAAGCAGAUGUUCUCAAAGUCUUGGAGAACAUCUGCUAUCCCCUUCUCCGUCCUCCUCCUCCCACUUGGAGUUUGUGUUUAACUUCGACCAAAGCGACGCUCGCUGCUACUACAAACUCUGCUCCAACAUCACCCCCGACAGUGCUCGCAGCCUUCCCCACACCCUGCAUCGUAAUGAGGAAGAAGAUGGGGAGAAGGUGGAGGAGGAUAGUGGUAAGGCGGUUGACUUGGAGUCUAUUCCCAUCCUUCAGCCACCGCCCGGCUUCGGAGACAGCAGCUCUGAUGAAGAGUUCUUUGACGCCAGAGAUCGUUUCACCUCACCUGAAGACCCAAGCUCAGGGGCCAUGCCAAGAGAUAUUCGCACAGAGAUGAAACUGGACUUCCUCAGCACACUCAGCCUCAGUGACAUCAGAGUCUCGGUGACAGACACAGACAGAGAUGGAAUAGUGGAAGAAGACAGAAAAGAAGGAGACGAGGAAGGAGGAGGCAGAGAAACAUUGUUUCAGCUCAGGAAAAGAUCCCGUAAGCGCCGUUCCUUCGUAGAAACGGAUUACACUUCUAGGGUGUCAUAUCCAGAGCCAGAUCCAGACAAGCAGGACCUGGUCUUGAGCAGGCGUCACAAGAACCUUUUAGCAGAAGCCAAUGAUUCACAAAUACUGAGUUUAGAUCCUGAACAUUCUAAGCAAACCCAGAAUCCCAGUCCUACUGUCUCCUCUUUGACUCACUCUGAAGGGGAGCCGGCUCAGCUCGAGUCAAAGCCAAUCCUGUCCAAACCCUGCUUGCAUGGACCUGGCUCUCCCCGUGGUUUGGGGUCUCAAGAGCAGACUAGAAACCCACCAGCCCCCUCCAGGACCAGGAAACAAGAAAUGGAGAUGGAACCCGAUGCAAUGGAAUCCAAAUCUGUCACAGAUGUGGUGAAGGCAGCGUCUCCUACCAUCACUGUUGUCCGCUGCCGGGUGGAUCCAGAUGGGAAGGAGAGUGCUGACCGGAGGGGUGACGGAAAGGAGGAAGGGGGGGAACAGAGGGAGAUGAGUGAGGCAAAAGAGGAGAGAGAGGAGGAGGAGACACCCAGUGUGUCAGGGAAUGGGCCAUUCACUAAUCAUAUGUUUUUACCAGAAAGCAGUGCGGAGAAAGGUAAAGGGGGGAAAGAGAAGAAAGAAGUUGUGAGCGAGUACUCACCCAGUUCAGGCAGACCCCUCAUAGGUGCAGAGAGGCAGCCGGAGGCCCACACACCGCCUACAUGUUUGAUAGAUGUGACUAAAAAGAGUAGUAAUGGCCUUUUGGGAGUGCAUCUGAUUGCCCUAGAGCAAAACUCAUACGUAGAGGAACUUAAGCUUGAAGGUGUGUGUGAAAGGUCAAACCCUCCAUCAUACUCACCACCCCCACCUCCACCCUCAUCCCCUCUACCUCCAAUACCAGUUCUUCAAAAAUCCCAAAGUGACUGUUUUUUGACGGAAGAAGGGUGCAGCGAAAACACGGGAACCUCAACCAAAAUGUCUCAUUCUGAGGAGAGGCCCAUUGGAAAGCAAAGUCACACUAAAAAAGCACAAUUAUAUUUAGAUAUCACCACCAGUGUUAAUGAGGACGCCAUUUGUGUUUCUAGCUCUGCUAUGACUACUAGUGAUGAAGUUACUGACAGCAGCAAUUCUGACAAUGUUUUUGAUGACGAUGAGGUGACUAAUUCCUUAAAUUCUAGUUCAAAUUACAAGAAAGAUGACUGCGCUAUAGCUACAAAGCAUAGCAUCAGUGCAAAUUCGGCUAUACCAAGUAAAGGCGAGUCUCAAAUAACUAUUAAGUCUCUUACCGACACUGAGGCUCAUACAAGGAUUCAUUUGGUAAAUUCUGAUUACACUCGAGCUAUAAACUCUAUCACUGCAAAGCUUGGAGCUGCAACUAAAGCCACAUCUCCUACAUUUGAUUCAGGUACCAGAUUGCAAAGUAAGGUUACACGUGAUAGUGCUUCAUGUUUGAAAGAAAAUGUAGACAAACCCCGAAGUGAUGAAGCCAAAGCUAGUUUAGCUAGUUCUAGCUUAGUGGAAGCUAAAACACCCACAGUCCACAAUCUCUGCAAAGCGCCUCCGUCUCCCACUCGCUUCCUCUUCCAGACAUGUUCCCCUAGCUUUAUGGGUAGCUUAUCUGCCUCCACACUCAGAGGGAAGAUUCAAAAUUUGCCACUAUAUUUAUCGCGCUCCCAGGAAACCCUCAACCAAAUUGUGGAGGGGAAUGUACCUCAGAGUCCUCCUGAGGACAAAAGUAGGGAUGACAGAGAGAUCAUCAUUAAAGUUACAGACGUUGAUAACGUCACACAAACAAUAGACUUUGAAAUGUACCCAACUGCAGAAUCAGUGGAGUCAGACGAUUCAGAUACAACGGUCAUAGGAUCCGAGAGGGACGGGGAGAGUUUGGUUGAAAAGAACUUAGCAAAGAGUUUUCAUUCUGUGUUAGAGGUGGAGGAAGCAAGCUCUCUAUUGCCUGUCCAAACUGAGCCCAAACCCCAACACCAAAAUCAACUUCUGUACACUGGGCCUGUCAAGAACACACCAGGACCAAUAACGGAGCCUCCGGCCUCCAUAGUGAACAGCCUUCAAAGAGACACUUCAGGCCUAAAGAUGGACACUCCUGGCCCUGUAAAAGAUGCUCCAGAAUCAAAGAUGAUGGUCAGAAGUCCAGGUGAAGACAUUCCAGGUUAUAAAAUGAACAAUCCGUCACGUUCUGUCCCCCCUCCGAUAGUGGUGACCACGCAGAAUCUUAAUGGACCAGGACUCCCUUUUCAUAGUCAGUCACAACAAGUGAGUCGGACCAGUAGCGACAGACCUUUGAUGGGUCUUUGUAGCCCUACAGGGCAGACUUCAAACUCAUCAAAAACACUUUCCUCAGACUGCAGGGUGUUUACCAUCUGUGAGGAUCCAUCCCAGACAAAGGGCCCAGCCGAGGUGGGGACUACCCCACCCUUAAAGUCUGAGUUUGGCUGCACUUCUGUGCUAGCGUCUGGAUGUGAGUCAGUUGUGGAAGGGGUGCAGGUGCCGCUGGAUGCUUGUGGUUGCCCACCGGUCUACACCAACUGCUUCAGCAGCGGGGACAGCUUUGACGAGGAGCUGACGGUCUACGAGUUCUCCUGCCGCACACAAAGCAGCGGUGUGACUCCUACUUCUGGAGCAGGUCUUCCUCUUGUGACCUCUCCACCCAGUCCCUCCUUUCUCUCCACCGACUCCCCCUCUUUCACCCGCUCCAUCCUUUUCUCCUCUUCUACCUCUGAGCUCAGCCCUCUUCUCUCGCCAUUAUCUGACACCUCGGAUCGUUUCCUGUCUCAAACGCACAAGGACACCAUCAGUCGGCUGGGCCAGCAGCACUUCCCAGAACCUCCAACCGGUUUCCAAGUACUCCGCGUAGACGUGGACCAGCUCCUUUCCAUUCUGGAAAGUAGUGGCGCUGACCGAUCCUUGACAGGCCAUGGAGGUCGCCACCCAAGGGACACCUGCCCUGCCCACUUUACUGAGAACAAGAGGGUGCUCCAGAUAGAGGCACGGCGGCUGAUGUCAGGCUGCCAGAAGGUGGUGGGGAUUGAACAGAGCCCAGAGGCAAUGCUUCACUCCUUGGCUGACAGUUUCCGGACCCUGGUGGAGUUGGCAGGUAUAUGCCUCUGGUUCUCCGGUUGCGAACGGUGUGAUCGGAGAAACGCAGAGGCCGUUGCGGGCCUGGCAGACGUGGCUCGCUCAUUCAGGGACUUCUGUCUGGCAGCAGAGCGAGCCAACAGCAAGCGCAGCUGCCAGGACCUGAGCACCAAGCUGCUAGCCAAACAGUGCACCGCGCUCACCGCCUCCGUCUUCUGCCUCACUCAGCUAUUCCGCACCCUCACUGCACUAUGAGUGCACCACCAUUUUCAAAGUGUUUUGAAAUAACAUUCAAGCAACCUGUGAUGUGUAACCUUAAAUACAUGAGGUCUCCAAUGAGUCCACAGCUGCUGCAGGGGUGGGCAGAGUGCGACAGUCAUGUUUAGUAUGGGCAGUGUGAGGUGAAGUUACCUCAGAAACACAGUGGUAUCAUUGAGCUCUAUAACAAUUCAAAUGAUCUCAAAGCCUCUCAACAUCCGAUAGCCAGUUUGAGAUGGUUGAGGUGCAAGUACUGUUUGUACUGUAGCCCAUAAACCAAACCAUCAGCCCACAGCCAGACUGUAGAGUGGUGCAAGCAGAAAAAACAAAACCUGCUUGUAUUCCAGUAUUGAGGAACUGAUGUUCUUGAAUGUAUUUUAUGUAAUCUAUUGUGUUUAUUUAUUCUUUUAUUUAAUUAAUGGGUGACUACAGUGAGCAAACAAGGAAUGUAAAGGCAAGGAAGGAAGAUAUUUGGAAAUGUUUACAGGCAUAUCUUUAGAUAGAGGAGUAGUGGGCCUUUUACACACAUACACAAGCACACAAACUCUAAUACACAGUGAAUCAGUGUUUGAUUCCGUUCAUACACAGGCCUUUUGUAUGACUGUCCAUGUUAAGAUAAGAAACGCUGCAGUUUACAUUCUCCAGGCUGUCGGUGAGGGCUUCUUUGACUGUUACUGUUUACAAAACCAAAAACUAGAGUGAGAAAUGAUUUUAUCCAAUACCACAAAUGAAAUCCCACAAAUCAAGCCUGAAGCUGUGUUUGCCAUUUUAUAAAUCUAGUAGCGGAAUGCUGAUGUAUGCGUAUUAUGUGACUUUAUGAAACGACAGUUUGGAUGAGAUACAGUCCUUCUUACAUUCAAUGUGCUGUCAUUUUGUACAGACAUUUAGUAUAAUUUAUGGAAAUGUAUUACAUUUUGCCAGCUUUUCUUUCAUUUAUUUGUCAGCACUCUCUUUCUUCCCCUGCAGUUGAAACACUGAACCCUCCAGUGCAUGGUGAUGUGGCUGUCAACCUUCCAACCUUUUUUUUUUUCUCCAUACAUUUAUUUAUUUUUCUAUUUAGUGCUUACAUGUCCACUGAGAACAAGACACCAUUCUAUAGGAGACUUGGUGACACUUUCCAACAGAUAUUUAUGGUACAUAAUUUUAUGAGAAUUUGAAGUAUUUUAAGUUUCAAGCAAUCUGCAAGCUUUUCAAGAUCAUGAAAAAAAACCUGCACAACUCUGAACUUUGUAGACAGUCAGGAAGCUCUUAGACUACAAUGUCCCUUACACUAAGUGCAUUAUUAUGACAGAUUUCCCAAUAUGACCACAUCUAGUGGUAAGACAGUGACUACAUAUGGGCACAGAUAGCCCAAGCAUUUCAGGAUUGCAGUAUGUGCGUACAACACUGGUUAUUUCCAUGUGCAAUUUCAGCUUUUGACAACCACAUUGAGUGGGAGGGUCUCAGAGAAGAUCUGUCAAACCGAACCAAUCAUUGGUUGACAGCCUGUCAUUUGAGUUCCUUGAACUUAACACAUUUGUCACAAAAUCAUGUUCAACACCGAUUUACGUAAAGCUUAAUACUGUGGAAAAGCUGUCGUAUUAUAGCAUUUUCACUUGGAAUGUUUCUUAAAAUUAAAGGGAUUGACGCACACUGGAACUGCAUGUUCACUGGAGAAAUUGAAGUUAUCAGAAAAAAAUACCACCACUGCAGUGCUGGAAACACAAUUUCAAACAGUGUUUCUAUAUAUAAAUAUAUAUUUAUAAUGGCAUUUGAAACACUUUAUUUGUUUACUUGUUCUGUUCCUGUGGUUUCAACAGAAUAUAUUUCCCUGUAUUUUAUUCCCUGUUUGCAACAAUGAAGAAUUGACUUACAUUUACUAUAACCAAGAGAAAAUUGCCCUAAACAAAUGAUGGAAAACGUUUUUUUAAUCAUCUGUGCUCACGAAGCAUGCUGAAAGAAGCCAUAAUAUGCAUUGUUGUUUCAUCAGGGAUUUUAUCUGUGAAUGACUGAAUGUCUGCUCUUGCUUUGUAAUGCUCAUCUCCCACCAUUAAAAACAAUGUCAAGAU